AUGGAGAGAACUGUGGAUGCCGAUAUUGUGAUCGUGGGAGGAGGUAUAUGCGGCCUCGCAACAGCCCUUGCCCUUCACAGGAAGAGAAUUAGAAGUUUGGUGUUAGAAAGAUCAGAGGAUUUGCGAGCCACAGGAGCAGCUAUAAUAGUGCAUGCAAAUGGCUGGCGUGCACUUGAUGAACUCGGUGUUGGCUCAACUCUUAGACAAACUGCCAUUCCAAUACGAGGGGGAAGAUUAGUAUUUCUGAGUGAGACACAGGCAAAAGAAAUACCAUUUGGGAUUGAUUUAGAGUUUCGUUGUAUAAAACGUACUGAUCUAAUCAAAGCCAUGGCCAAUAGUUUGCCAGAGGGAACUAUACGUACCCGCUGUCAAGUGCUUUCCAUUGAAUUUGAUCCUUUAACACGGUAUCCACAACUUCUUCUUAGCAAUGGUAGUAUCAUUCAAGCCAAGGUUGUUAUUGGAUGUGAUGGUGUGAAUUCUGCCAUUGCAAAUGUAUUUGGGUUACACCGAGCAAAGCUCUUGCUAUUCUCUACAUCUGUUGCACGAGGCAUCACAGAUUAUCCAAAAGGUCAUCAAUUUGCUAGUGAGUUUGCCAUGAUGAACAGAGGUCAUGUCCAACUCGGAAGAAUCCCAAUGACUGAUAAACGCGUUUAUUGGUUUGUCACAAGAUUUGGAACUUCUCAAGAUUCAAUGAUUUCAAAGGACCCAGUUCUUAUUAGACAAUCAUUAAUGGAAUCAAUGAAUGGUUUCCCAGUAGGGGCAAUGGACAUGAUAGAAAAUUGCGAGUUGAACCACUUGCAUCUCACUGACUUGAAGUAUCGCCCACCAUGGGACUUGAUUCUUAACAACUUCAGGAAAGAUACACUAACAAUUGCUGGUGAUGCAAUGCAUGCAACAGGCCCAUUCAUUGCACAGGGUGGCUCAGCCUCAAUAGAAGAUGCAAUUGUUCUUGCUAGAAGCCUGGCCCAAAAGAUGCACAAUCCUUAUAGAUCAGAUCAAAGAGAGAAAAAAGCAAUAGAGGAAGCACUCGAUCAAUAUGUCAAAGAAAGAAGGAUGAGACUCUUGUGGCUCUCUUUACAUAGUUUCCUCAUUGGGAAGAAGCUUGAUGCUCGAUCAUUCAUAGUCAAAUCGAUCAUCCUUAUAAUCUUGUCCUUUCUGUUUAAAGAUCCAGAUUGGCAUUCCCGCUAUGAUUGUGGAAAUCUAUAG